AUGAAGCGAGGCGCAGAAAAACAGAUCUCAAAGGACGACGCGGACGAUGAUGAUGUUGAGGAAGUUCCGCCACCCGAAGGUUUCAGGAAGGCAGAUGAAAGUGUGCUAGCGACUAGGAAAAUUAAGGCUCUCCCUAAGCGGUCAUUAGCGGGAAGUGCGGCGACGUCCCCUUCUCCAUCUGCUCCUCCUACCCCAGAGCCUUUCAGCACACCCAAAUUUCCUGGAUUUUCCGGAUUUGGGGGAGCAGCAUCCAACUCUGCGCCUUUCACCUUCACUGCCAGUCCCAUAUUGUCAGACUCCCCUAAACCACAGGCAGUUCCUACGACCACUGCCUUCUCAUCUUACUCGUCUGCUUUUGGGACAACAGCGUCUACAUCAUUCCCAACAGCGGCAGCCUCGGCAUCUCCUGCCACAAAAGCCUCCGGGUUCAUGUCAGGCUCGUCGUCUGCCCCACCUUCCCAACCUACAUUACCGAGCAGCCCGUCCUCUGAUGCAGAGGAUGAAGAAUUCCGGGCCGAAGUAAAGUUACUCGUUAAUUUCCGCGGUCUUAACAUCUCGUUCUUGUCAGCGGUGUCCAAGGCCAUCGAGGACGAUCCAUUCACUGAUGUGGCAGACCUGGCGGAGCUAUACAAGUCUUACCGCGUGUCCGUCCAAACAGAGUAUGACGCAAAAGUUAAAGAGAUCCACGGACUCGAUACCGUAGCAGGUGCGAGUGCGGGUCCAUCAUCUGCGGAGGCUACCUUCGCGAGCAAACCAUCAAGCGUUACACCUCCCGUGACGUCACUAUCCCAGAAAGAGCCCACCUCGAUGCCCACACCCCCAGAGAGUUUUGCGGGAUUCAAGCCUCUCUCAGACAGUGCAUCAUCCUGGAAUACUACCAGUGCUAAACGCGAAGGUGCUGGUACCACUCCCCCGACCGCUCUCUCCUUUGCCAGUCCUACGCACUCUCCAGAUGCUCAAUCAUCGUCAGGGCCAGCACCUCCGAAGUCCGCAUUUGUUUUCGGUUCUUCUGGCUCAUCACCAAGCUUCUCUGCAACACCCGAACAACCCACAUUCACCUUCAACCCCGCGCCAUCCUCACCGAGCAAGGGGGAUACUAGCUCUUCGAGCAUUUCGGCAUUUUUUGGAGCGACCAGUUCGCCAUCCGCUUUCUCUAGUAAUUUGUUUGCGAAGCGGGCAGACGAGAAAGACAGAGAGGUCGGCACAGGAAGUCUGUUUGGUGGCCCAUCCGUGUUCGGUACUCCGGAGAAGUCUGCACCGGGCAGCAGCAACAGCGCCCUCACGUUCGGGUCUGGUUCUCCCAGCAGGCCGUCGGUCUUCAACGGCCUCAGCAAGAGCAGCGGGAGUAUAGGCAAUCCUGUCGGAUUUGGAUUCGGCAGCCCACCGAGGUCACCGGAUCUGGAGGCCUCAGCAUCUACAUCUACAUCCACAUCCACGGCGAAGCUCCCAGGAUUCUUCUUGGCGCCGCCUCAGACCGCAGAGACCAGCCGCAGUAGUAGCCUGGAGGCGCAACCUAGCACCGGUUCCAUUGGCUCCAUGGAAGGCACCCCUGCUCCAGACACGGAAGGCGAAGGUGCAGAGCCUGCGCAAAUCCUCAUGUCAUCAUCAUCAUCCGUCCAUGACCUAGAAGGAGAAGGAGAAGAAAAUGAGGAAGCAACGCAUGAAGUUAGGAGUAAGGUUUUCAAGAUGGUGAAGGACAAGGACGGCAAGGACAAAUGGAGUGAUAUGGGCGUAGGUAUCUUGCGACUGAAAAGGAAUAAGUUGACUGGUGCUCGCAGGAUGUUGCUACGGAAUACUAGCACGGGCAAGGUCACCAUCAACUUUAAGCUCUACUCGGGCAUGAAUGCUUCAGCGAAGCGUAACAUGGUCUCAUUCAUAGGACACGACGAGGGUACGGCGACGCCGUUCCGGGUACGAACGAAAACAGAAGACCAAGCCAGUGCCCUGAAACUCGCUUUGGAUCGCGAGAUUGAAUUCGUGCGGGCCAAGUCGGACACGCCAUGA